CAAAAUAAACAACCAUUCACUUCAUACCUUGUCAUCUCUCUCUCUUCUUUCUUCCUCUCAAAAUCUCUUCUUUUCUUCUGCAACUACUCUCCCUCAAUUUGAUCCUCCCAAACAAACAAAACAAAACCCAGAAAAUUUUAACCCUAAUAAUUCAAAACCCAUCUGCCCAGAUCCCCUGACAAAUUCAAACCUCAACACAUACAUACUUCUAUUAACUACACCACUAACAGAAAGGAAGAGCAAGAAGAAGAACAAAAGAGAGAGGAUCUUGGUUAGUUAGGGUCUUGUUUGGGGUUUUGGUAAUUAGAAGAGAUGGAGUUGUUCCCAGCACAACCAGAUUUGUCUCUACAAAUCAGUCCACCAAACAGUACUACUACUAAACCCACAUCAACAUGGAGGAGAAGCAGCUCUACUACUGAAGAAGAUAUGAAUUUGGGGUUUUGGAAGAGAGCUUUGGACUCAAGAAACUCUAGUUUUGAUCUCUCACUCUCUAAUACAAAUCUCUCAAGGGUUUCUUCAGAGUCCAAUAACUCCAACCACAACCACCAUUUCCACACUCUUAAUGCUAACAACAAUAUCUUCCAAACAAGCCACUAUUUCCCUCCCCAAAAUCAUCAACUCCAAGGAGGGUUGAGUCAAGAACUUGGUUUCUUGAGACCCAUUAGAGGAAUUCCUGUUUACCGUCAAAACCCUCAUCCUUCUUCUUCUCCUAAUCAAUUCCCAUUUGUGCAACAAUCUUUUAACACAAUUACUUGUGCUUCUCAAUCUUCUCCUUCUUCUAUUAGAACUAAUUUCGAUAAUAAUUCAAGUGGUCUUCAUCAUCAUCAUAGGCACCAUCAUCAACCUCAUAUGAUGAGAUCAAGAUUCAUGCCAAGGUUUCCGGCUAAGCGAAGCAUGAGAGCACCGAGGAUGCGGUGGACAACGACACUCCAUGGUCGCUUUGUUCAUGCUGUUGAACUCUUGGGGGGCCAUGAAAGGGCUACACCCAAAUCAGUUCUUGAACUCAUGGAUGUCAAAGAUCUCACCUUGGCUCAUGUUAAAUCUCAUUUACAGAUGUAUCGGACAGUUAAGACCACGGAUCGAGCCCCAGCUUCCUCAGGACAAUCAGAUGUAUUUGAUAAUGGAUCAUCUGGAGACACGUCAGAGGAUAUGAUGUUUGAUAUUCAGAACCGAAGAAGGUCUGAUCAAUUACCAACUACUCCACAAGUAAGACUGAAUAACCAGGACAAAGAUUACCAUGGCCUCUGGAGCAAUUCUUCAAGCAGAGAAGCUUGGCUGCAUGGGAAACCAAUUGAUUCUGUUUCAAACAUGCAAUCUCUUGAGAACUUGGAUCCUAAUAAUUGCUUAAGCUUUGAGAGAAUAUCACCAUCAGAUGUUAGCUCUUCACCAAGCCCCAAGAAGCCUAAUUUGGAGUUCACAUUGGGGAGGCCAGCAUUGUUAUGAUAUAUAUAUAUGUAUAUGAUUAAUUAUCUAUACAUGUCAAUUUAGUUACUACUACUACAAUGUAGUAUAACUCAUUUUGAAGUGAUGAUUAUUUAUAUAUCUCUUGAGGAAGAGAAUCAGGUGCCCCAGCUGAGAAAAUCAGAGGGAAAAGAAAAGAAGAAAGAGAGAGAGAUAAAGAAAGACAAGGAGACAAGAAAGACAGAAAGCUAACAAAAGGCUAGAAGGGAUUGGGAAAAAAGAGAAGAAGCAAGUCCUUCCUAAUUCCUUAGCCUGUCAAGCUGCUGUGUGUGUGGGAUCCAAUUCCCAUAUAUAUUAUUUAUUAUUCUAGUAUUUUGUUUCUACGUAAAUAUAAAAUCUAUUUUUUUUAAUUUCUUUAGUUCUUCUAUUCUAGAGAGAGAGAGAGAGAGAGAGAGCCUUUUAACAAUAUGAAAUGAUACUUGGUAUUUGUAAUGGAGCAAUUAAUUAAAUAUUAUGUGUUUUUGUUUAUUUUUGCCUAAUGAGUAUUAGGGUUUUAA